CCACCGACCACAGUUUCAAAGCAACCUCCGUCAUGAUCGCGUCAGCUGGCCUUUAGUUAGCCUGCCUCUUCGCCAACGAACCGGCCGCGUGCGUGCCUACUAAAGCGUCCGUUCCAACCCGCCACAAGUCUCGUUCUUCUCCUAUUCCAUCAUAUUGGUGUUAACGAGUAUUAUCCUUAAGGUAAAAGGAUCAUUAGACCGAAAGGAAAUUAUCGAUCAAUGGGGAUACUUGGUACUCGUUCGAAUUGAUCGAUCGAAUCAAUCGAUCCAAAUGCGAUCGAUCGAGUUUCGUCGAUCAGUUCUACUCGAUCCAUUCGUUGUCCUUAAUCGUAAUUUCUACGAACUAUGAUAGGAUCGACGGAACUCCGAGCGCGUCCGAUCAAGGACGAUCGGCGAGCACGUUCAAUGAACUGACGAGUCUCCUCGAUCCUUCUCGUUGUAGUUCUUUGAGGAGGUAGCAAGAGGAAAAGAAGACAGAGGAACGUCGUCGUUGUGGGAAGAUAGGAGAAAAAAAAAUGAGUGUAAAGAGGAGUGUGUUCGGUGCCCUGGACGGUUCAAAGUGUGAUCACGGUGCAAUAAUAUCUGUGGUGGUUCUACUGUGCUACGUCGCGUUGUGUUUCGCUGAAAGUGCGCCAGGGAUAUGCGCCAUGGACGGCUGCAACUGCACCGUCAAGGCACACCGUUGGAUUAACGUCAAAUGCGUGUUCACUAACGAUCAGGUCGUGGAACUUUUAGAGGGAACGAUUCCAUCGGAGGCGAUGGAAGUCGAGGUUUCUCAUUGCAGAGAACUGAGAAUCCAAAGCGGUGCAUUCGCUGGCGGUGCACCGCUGAAAAGGGUCCACGUAUCCGGUAUCUACAGCGUUAUAGCGAAGAGGCAGGCCUUUGAAAAUUUGAGAGCACCGAACACACACCUCGAGGUCUCCGAGUGUAACAGCGUAAUAAUCGAAAGUCACGCCUUUAGGAAUUCGCGUGGUACUUUGAGUGUCUCGAUAUCUAGAUGUAAACACGUCGCGAUAAAGCCGAACGCCUUUUUCUGGUUAUUGUGGAUAACGGUGAAGGAGGUGCCGACUUUAGAGCUCUCUAGCAAUGCUUUUAAAUUCGAGUCUUCUCAAUAUGGCCGGCAUGGACAAGCGACCAAGAUUAUGUUCCAAAGCGUAAGAAUCACAGAGUUGCCCACUGCCGUUUUUCCUUCAUCGGUCGCGGAAGUACGAAUGGACGAUAUCUGGACGAAGGUCAUACGGAAGGAGGCCUUCUGCGCAAUGUCGAUCUUCAACGUGAUCAUCAGCAACGCCUCGAUAUCGGAAAUAGAGUCUGGAGCGUUCAGUGAUAAGAUUCUUAUCGAGAGUCUCGAAUUCGUUGACGUUAGACUGAAAUAUAUCGAGAGCGGUGCUUUUCGGGCUGGACAUAAUAACGUAACGAUUCAGUAUUCCAGAUUAUCCGACGUGAGAUCCGGUGCCAUCGAGAUAUCAGCGGCAACUGUGACGUUCAGCAACAACGAGUUCCAAAGUCUUCACAAUCGCUCGAUCGUUUUACAUCAAUGGAACCACAUAGCGAUCGAGCACAAUCUCUUCGUCGAUCUCGAGUCGGACGCGAUCGUCGCAGAAAUGGAUGCAAAGCCGACGAAAUCGGCGCCGAAAUUUGAAUUCUCAUUUACAGGAAAUCACAUUCAACAAGCACAGCCGAAUUCAUUGAAGUUCAUCGCGAUUUCUCAGCAAGUGAAUACCGCCCGUGUCGGCAAUAAUUACUUCAAGGAAAAGUGCAAUUGCAAAUUAGAGGAUUGGGUGCGCGAAAUAACCGGAAGAAAUAGUUCGGUAUCGUGGAUGAUGGAUUCGAGCUAUUGCAUGGUAGAUAAAUUUCUCGAAAAAUGUUUCAAUUUGCCCGAAGGUUAUCUUGACAUGAGAAAUUUCACGAGAUUGAUCUGCGAGAAGGGGGAUGGUCACGUAUAUUGCGAAAAGCCAUUAUCUAAGCCAGAACCGAGCGUGAGUCCACCUAGCGUUGGUCCUCACGUCUAUCCAAGACACAAGGGAUACUUUGACGUAGAGAUGAGCGAUCCGGAGCAACUCGAGCGCGAGAAAAGAAUCAUCGUUGUGAUCUGCGUCGUCGCAGUCUUUGUCGUUCUCGUCGUCAUCUUAACCUCGGGAAUUUUAUACAUGCGAAGACGCGGUGUCUGUCCAAAGUUAACAUCGGGUCCUUUGAUGAAUCUCACCAGUUGGUUUUCGCCGAACAGCGGCAUGACCGCUGCCACCUCGGCAAGAUCAAUAUCGAGACUGAGCGUUCACGAGUACGCUGGUCUCCAACCAGAGACAAGAAUACUAGAGGUGGAAACUCAGCCGGACGUCGCCGAGGAAGAGGAGGACGAAACUGUUGGACUUUAUCAGUACACCGAGGAUAAGGCUACGCAAACAUUGCCGGAGGAACUAACGGAGGAGUACCUGAGGGAUCUCAGAGACAGAUUAAACGAUCCCGAUAACUAUAGUCAAGCUAGAGAUAUGAUCGAACAUCUUUAUGAUCUGAUCAAGGUGGAGGAGAGUUGCAACAAUAACAACGACAGGCAAACCGGUGGUGCUCCGGGAGAGGAGAACGCCUACGACGUGAUCCGUCCAAAAGCAAAGAAACAUCGAGGACCGGCAAAGCCUUCGAUCAGUGUCGGGACAAGAGUACCAUCCCUCGAGAAACUCUUACCGGCUGGUUUAAAAACGAGACCACCCAUAACGGAGUACACGGAACCUCGUGACCAAAGGACGAGCGAUCAGAAUCAUCUCUACGCCGAGUUACCUGGUGACGAGACCGUUCCAAGUACCAGUCGUCUCUCUCAACCGGUUCUAGCGAGUUUAGCAGGGAGAGCACCUCAACCUUUACCACCGGACGUCGUCAACGAUCAUCUCGUUAAUGGUUGCUCCGCGAAUAGAGACCAGAGAGAACUCGACGUUCCAGAAAGUCCAAAGUUGGAAUCCGUCAGGAAUCAAGGGAGGCCGAUGAGUUUCUUGAAAGCACUCGGCGAGAGUAUUCUCGGUGCAACAAAGAUCAAUAAUAAUAGCAAGAGGCCGAAUUCCUUGUUGUGCGAGUACGCCGAACCGUCCGACGCAACCGCUCAUCUCUAUUCCGAAUUGCCGGAGCCUCAAACCUCGACGCCGGCCGCGAAAAUGGCCAAUAGACCACUGCCUACAAAGCCCGAUCAAGAGUCGAGUAAUACGGCUAAGGCGUAACCAACCUUACCGCCGAUUAUCUGUGAUAUAAAUAUUAUGUGUAUGUAUCGUGUCGAGAGCGAAGACUAUGUCCCGUAACAUUUUUCCUCUUCUCGUCUCCUACGUUCAGUUUUUGUCCAUUAUACCGAACAUAAAUCGAGAGAUCGGUAUUAAAGGGAGCGUUCACAAAGCGAGAAGUUAUAUUAGUUGCGCGUU